AUGAGCAGGAACUCCACCCAGGCCCGCGUGCGCGGGAACCGGGCCCGGAGGCCCCUGAAACUGCCACAGGGCUGGUCCUGCCCAAGCGGGCUCCAGACCCAAGGAACCCCGCGCUCCGCGGCGUCAAAUCAGUUGGUGGUGGACUUAAACUUCAGCGUCCUGCAGCCAGCGAGCAAGCCAGACACCUGUGUGUUCCAGAAAGUGCUUCCCUGGGAACACGGGCUAGUAAUAGGGCUACGGAGCUCAAGAAACCAUCAAGAGAGCAGGGGAUCGCUGCUCCUGCUGGCGGUCCUGGCCGUUGCCCUGACCGUGAGCCCCGCGAUCGGCAACAACCCAGAGAAGCCCCAGCGCCGGCUGGGCGGCCUCAUAGACGCCAAUGCGAACGAGGAGGGCGUGCAGCGCGCGCUGGACUUCGCGGUCAGCGAGUACAACAAGAGCAGCAACGACAUGUACCACAGCCGCCCGCUGCAGCUGGUGCACGCCCGCAAGCAGAUUGUGGCGGGCAUGAACUACUUCCUGGACGUGGAGCUGGGCCGAACCACCUGCACCAAAUCCCAGCCCCACCUGGAGAACUGUCCUUUCCAUGAGCAGCCGCAUCUGAAGAGGAAGGCGUUCUGCUCAUUUCAGAUCUAUGAUGUUCCUUGGCUGGGCACAAUGUCCUAGAUGAAAUCCAGCUGUCAGAAUGCCUAGGGGUCUGCAUCACCUGGGCCAAGCCAACCCCCUCUCCACCCCCUUGACCAGUUCCCUCCCUUGGCUGGCAUCUCUUCCCUGCUCGGGCACCAGGAGACAGAGAACG